UUACAGAGUGUUGUUGACAAGUUAUUGAAGAAGGCAAAUGUUUCCCUGGUUGUUGGUACGUCAUCAUGGAGAGAACAGUUCAUAGAGGCCAUCACUGUUAGUCCAGAGAAAAAAGAAGAUCUUACAGGUGAUGAAGAUGAGGAAGAAACUGAGGAGAAACUACCUUCAUGUUCAGACUAUGUGAUGCACUUCUUGACUCUGUUCUGGAAGGUUUUGUUUGCUUUAAUUCCACCUACUGAUUACUGGGGUGGUUGGGCGUGUUUCUGUUUUUCCAUAGCAAUGAUUGGAGUUUUAACAGCUUUUAUUGGUGAUCUGGCUUCAAGCUUUGGGUGCACUAUAGGACUUAAGGAUUCUAUUACUGCCAUUUCAUUUGUUGCUCUAGGAACAAGUGUGCCAGAUACAUUUGCCAGUAAAGUUGCAGCUGUAAAUGAUCGUUAUGCUGACUCAUCUAUCGGCAAUGUAACAGGAAGUAAUGCUGUGAAUGUUUUCCUUGGUAUCGGCAUCGCAUGGACAAUUGCAUCUGUAUACCAUGCAGCUAUAGGCGAAAAAUUCGAAGUAGACCCAGGAACCUUGGCUUUCUCAGUGACUCUCUUUGUAAUAGAGGCUGUAGUCUGUAUUACUAUACUUAUGCUCAGAAGAGUUAAAGCAGUUGGUGGCGAACUUGGGGGGCCGAAAAAAUACAGAGUUCCAACCACAGUCUUCUUGGUAUUUUUAUGGGUGUUUUAUAUUGUGAUGUCAUCAAUGGUUGCAUACUGCUAUGUGCCAGGAUUCUAAUCUGGUUAUAUAAUAGGAUAAUAUAUAAUCAGCAAAGGAAGCAGGGGUAUGAUAUUAAAAAAAAAGACAAAUGUUACAUUGCUGAGAAGUUGAGGAGCCUUUGGCACUGAGUGUAACACAUAAAAAAGUCUCCUGCACCUGACUUGUGAAGAUCACUCAAGGGAGACUACUGGUUUGUGUUAAGUGAACCCAAGUUUGAUUCCUGUGUGACCGAGGCAGAGUCCUGCCACUGUUGAUGAAGACACACUGAAAUAUUACCCUUUGCCGAGAAAUGUUUUAUUUUAACAAUGAAAUCUUUGAAGACUUUAUUCACAUUUUGUCAAAGAAACACAUGUUAAGGCACCAUGUUCUCCAAAUGAUAUUAAAGUUUGACAAUUUGAAUGAUAAAAAUCAAAUCUUUUCAUAUAAUUGAUUAAGUUAUUCACAUACAGGCUCAACCGUUUCUUAAUCAUCACAAAUGUCCUACAAUUGAAAUUGAAUUUGUUUAGAUUUAAAUUUGAUUAUUCAGUUUUUCAUUAUUAAACUUUAGGAAUAGGGUUUUAGACUGUGCACAAUUUCGGUUAUUUAUGUAGAAUGUAAGCAUUCUCUACUAUUACAUAAAGCAUUGCUCUGCUUGAAAUGUCAUUCCCUAUAUCGUACAUGUUUAAGAGAAAUUAAUAUAUGAAUGACUUCUCUAUGGCAUGUAAUUUAAUUUAUAUCUUUUGGGAAAUGGCCUGUUUUACUUUACCUUCUUUUUAUCAGAACAUUUUAUUAAUUAAAUUCACUUAAGAUUUUGGUAAGUUAGAAUUAUUUAAUGACACUUAUAAUGGAGUGUAUGAUACCAGAUACCGCUGCUUCAUAAACUAACAUUCGUCCAUACUAAUCCGUCGCCUACUUUACUUUUUUAAUUAGACUGUCCAUUAGUUUACUUACUCCAUUUUUCUUAGCCAUUAGAGAAAAUUAAUGUUAUCAUUAUUGUCUUUGUGGGAUUUUUUUUAAUUAUUAUCAUUAUUUAAUUGUAAAUUUUUUUUAUCAUUCUGAAUUAUUGCAAUGAAAGUCAAAAGUUAAUCAAACAAUAAUGAUCAAUUAUACUGACUUUGGUUGCACUUUCAUAUCUUCAUUCUUGAAGCAGAUAUUUAAAAAAAAAACAAAAAAAAACAGACACCAUAAU